AUGAUCGCUUGCUUUUUAUUGGGCAGUGUCCUGGCCUAUGGCCUCGUCACCACAGUCUAUCGUCUCCAUAUCCACCCAUUGAGCAGAUUCCCAGGGCCUCGGCUGGCCGCUCUAACAGGACUCUACGAGAUCCUUUGCACUGCUUGGCCGGGUGGUUCGUUCGAUGACGAGAUCCACCGAUUGCAUCGGCUCUAUGGUCCCGUCGUACGCAUCACUCCCGACGAAGUCCAUAUCCAAGAGCAGUUCUACAACCCGAAGUAUGCCGAUAGUUGGAUCAAAGGCACCAGGGUAUUGGGCCCUGGCCGUCACCAAUCGGGACGCACCACCCAAAGCGUCCAGACCCGGAAACGAUCGAUCUCGCGAGUGCGAUCAAUCCUCCAGGUCGAGGUUCAUCAGAUCAUGCGUGGCCUGGCCCAGAAGCAUCAAGUGCACCCAGUAUUCCGCUCACGGCUUCGGCCCCUCAUCCCGAUUCCCGACCCCCACGAGAGCCGAGCUGAUCCUGAUUCCUCGGAGAGUGAUAUAGACGAUGGGCAUGGAAGCGCCUCGGGAUCGGUGGGGGGCGGAUCAAAGCCCAAGUCCCGCAAGAACCAUCUCCUCCCGCGCCGAGGCCAAACACGCCCAGGGUCCUGGGAUCCCCGGAACUUCGGUGGACAAACAGGCCUUGUGCUCGACGGGACAGAGGAUGACAAAGUCUCUUGGUUCGAGACCCAUUGA